CUCUACUUUCUCUGUAGUUACGUCUCAAGAGUGAGGACGGGUUCUAGAAAUCUUAGUGCGUAUGCGAGUUUCACUGUUUCUACAGAAACACGCUUCGAACGGCAUACUCAUGCCCUGAGAGGCAGCGCUACGACUGAGCAUUAGAGAUACAAUUUAACUUGCAUCAAGUCGAUACGAACAAGAUGUUUGCGCCCGCGCACGAAAACGCUGUGCGAGAUGAAAGGAGGUUCCACUACCCCCUUCCUUACUGGAACUCCUAUGGCUGUCAGACGCAGACGCCGUCAACCUCUUCGUCUUCAAGUUCAUCUAGUACUUCUCCAUUAGCGACAUCUGCGACGAGUACCACGGAGACGGAAACCAACUACGUAGAAGAUCCUACCGCUCUAGACUCAACAACAUCAGACGGGCAGCAGCGAUGUUUGAGCUGCUCAGGAGACAUGCAAACGAGCAAUGGUACGAGGUCGUCUUCAACCUCUAGCAGUACCAACGGCAUAGGCAGCUAUAGAAUAAGCUGCUCUUCGACUGUGAAUGCAACUUCCUUUUGCGCCGUAAAUUACCCUGGGCAGACGUCGAAGCACUACGACAUCUACUCGUCUAGGAGAGUGAUAUGCUCGAAGAAAGGUAGCUCAGGGAAAAGACGAGCUGGGCGGAAAGCCCCGCCUCCUCUUAGUAAAGAUGGUCUGCUGUGUGUUCAGUCACGACUGGACAAAGAGAGCCAACUAGAACUACAGAGGCUAAACGGCUCAUCUUCAAUUUCAAUACCUGCUGAACAAGCGGAGUGUGAACCCCCGCUUCUGCUGUCCGUGAAACAAGGCCAAGAGCGAGAGCAUUUGCGGCAGUAUCUGUUGCCGAGGCCAAAACUGCACAUACCAAGGAACGACUUGUCGGAGGUAUUGACGAUAGUUUUAGUUACGUCGCCGAUUGGCAUGCACCCAGCCACUACAUUAGUCGAUGGCGUGAUCCGCAGUAUGGAUUUCGGUACCGGGUUGGAGAAAUGUCCGAUGGUCAUUGUAGCAGAUGGCGUCAGGAUCAUACCAAGCGACGCGAUAAGGAGGAUAGAAAGGCCAGCCAACCAUAAUGGCCAGAAAAGUACGAUGAUAUUGGCAGAUGGAAGUACUUGUGUACUGGAUGAUGACAGUUGUCCUGUGGACGAUGGUGGAAAAGCAAAUAGUAUCAAGAAAGGUUCAUCAGUAACAUCAGACCACGAAAACAAGACAGAGUCCUCUUCAGAGGAUGCUUUUCCUUGUGCCAGUAGUGGAGGUGGUGGUGGUCUCGAUGCAGAGGCCCUCAACAAAAUGACAGAUAAUACUGGCUGCGGUGCUGGAUUAGCGCGCGCUGCUGCCUCUUGCGCCUCUACAACUUCGAGCGAGGGGGGUGACGGUGCUCCCAGCUCAAGCAGAAGGCAAUACCAGAUCAGUGCUUCAACCACGUCGGGGGAGGAAGAGGCAGUCGAAGGGGAAGCUGCGAGUACAGCCGCCUCAUUGGAGGGGCGCUCGGACCACGCUGACAAGACGAGUGGAAAAGUUGUUGUACAAGAUCAUGCUGACGAGCAAGUACAAGAUGACGCCGACGGUCAAGAAGAAGAUAAUUCUUCAACCUCUUCUGAUGAAGAUGGCAGUGAUGACGACGAAGAAGACAGCGAGGACGAGGAAGAGAGUGGCUCCGAAGAGCAACAGGCAACAACUACUCCGAUAACAUCAUCAUCAAGGAGCUCUUCCACUCCAAAGAAGACAUCGAUCCCAAGCAAAAACAAAAGCAAGAGUGGAACGCCAGGUGGAACUUCUUCCUCUAGCAAGAAAAGAAAAGGAAAACAGCGUGUAGUGUGGAAACGAGGCCGGGUGACAAAAGAAGAUUUCGAUAGAUACUCGCAAUAUUGCGACAAUCUUCGGGAGAAGUACUGCACCGGAGAACAGCAACGGAAAACGACAGUGAUAGGUCCUCUGCCGAAGCAUCUGUCUUUCGCGCAUGCCUUGAAAAGAGGCUUGGAGGAGGUAUAGAUUUUCUUGAUUUCUUGGGUUUUAACAGGAGUCGCUUUUGAUUUUGAUCAUGAUCAUCAUCGAUAAUGUAGCUCCCGGAAUAGAUACAACGAUGUUUCAGGCAAUCAUCUCUGCUUUUAACUUGGCUCCGGAAGUAGUAAAAUGACACACACACCUCCCUCUCUCACUCUCAGGUCCGCACCCAAUACGUGAUGGUCGUCCAGCACGAUCGCGCUUUUGUCGAGCCUCUUGAUAUUAGUCAUGUUGUCCGCAUGAUGGAGGAAGAGCCUAGAAUCCGCUAUGUCGGUUUCCAAUCUAGAACCAACGUGAACUAUCCCAAUCGAAGUCGUGGCAGGUAUGGAGAGUGGGCCCGAGUCCCUGAAGUAGCUGCGGCAACACACGCAAGCUCUUCAAAAAGAGGAUCCAAGUGCGUUAUUCCAGCACCCGCGACAAUGAGUGUUCGAGGUGGAGAUCCGGAGAAUCAAGGAGAAGCGAUUUCACGCGGAGGAGUGAAGAGACAACAUAAAGGAGACUGGAAAGAAUUUUCGGGAGGGCGAGGACUUGGUGCAGCCACAGUUAUUUCGUCUACAUCUUCGUCGUCAAGCUCAAGCACAUCAGAGCAACACCAAAAUGGUGUCACGUCUUCUACAUCCGACUCUCCUUCCUCUGAUUCUCAACUUCUAGAGGAGCAAUACAAAGAGAUGCGCGAUCAAGUCAACCUCAGAGAGCAUCUAAUUCCUCUUUUCUUCUGGUACGAUUCGACGCACAUUGUGCACACUGAACCCUACAAAGCAUUGAUCUCCCGAGAGUGCAAGCAAGGUCAAUUCAUAGAGUCGACUUAUGGGGUACGGUUGGAGGAACGAGUGAGGGAAGUAGGCAAUCGCGGUGCCUGGAGUUUCGACUACCAUUUGGAUCAUUUUGGGUCUUUUUUGCUCCACGAUCGCAAUUUGGGAGUCAUGAAGCCGAUGGUGGCGCAUUUGCAUGGAAGGUACUUGCAUAUAUUUAUAUAAUAUCAUUCUGAUUUUUUCCACUAUGUGGGUAAGCGUAUUAGCAUGCGCAUAAGGUCGGGGAUUAGGUCGCGUAUUAGGUGGCGCGUUUGGUAUUCUGUUUGGUGUCAUAUUAGGCGCCGCACCUGCGUGCUUUCGGCCCAGCCAGCGUCGGGGGCUAUUGGGAGUGGGGCUCUAAGCUUGGGGGAUCGGCUUGAAGACGUGCAAAAAGAAGCUACCCAAGCCACGGGGAGGCAAGUGCUACGAGUCUCGGGCGGUGCUCCUCUGUGUGUGUCAUACGUUGCGCAAAGUCUGGGCUUGGCGGCUCGAGUCUGCGGAUGCGGUCGCCGUGCGGUCACAGUUACGGGGCUGGCACUUGUUUCAGGAGAUGGACCGCUCCGGUUUCACUUGGACGGACAACGGUGGCCAGUUUCGUGGUAUAAUCCCGGUGGCUUUUCGUGCGCUGGCUUCUAGGAAUCAGCCCGGCCGGGACCCCUGUGGGCUAUCCGCAAAGCAACGGCAUGGCGGAAGUGUUUAGCUGCGUGGCCAGCCGUCUCACCCCGCUGGUGGUGACUGCGUUCCUCGCUCUGCGGUCGUCCGCGCCUUGAAUUCGAGGGAGCGGAAUCCUGCGCCGGAGGCAGUUUGCCGCGUGCUCCGCUUUGCGCGGAGCAAGUGGGUGGGGCUUCCUUGCAAUUGAGAGAGGCGAGCGCUUGAAGGCUCCAACGGUGAAAGACCUGGAGAAGGCUGUCGAGGAGGCCACGAAAGCGCAGACUGGCGCGGGCAGUCUUGUCAAGGACUUCGAGCACCGGCAGAAGCAGAUCGCCCUGGUCCUUGGUGCUGGCCAAGUCUGGAAGGGCCUGACUGAAGGCGCGGACGAAGUUCGCGCGGCCUGCUCGUUUCCGGAUGGAUGCCUCCGCCGCCGGGCGAUAUCUGCAAGGCGUGAAGUUCUCAGUUGAUCCAGAGGCACCGCGGUACCUGGUGCAAGCUCGUGGGGGUGAUUUGCAUGAACUGAAGGGCGACGCGUUGGCCUUGUUUCGAGACAUGGGAGGGAAUGAGCAAAACAACACCAGGGAGAGAGCAAGACGAAACCACCAAGAAGAGGGCGCCGCACUCAUGUCGGCAACUUACUCCCUGCCCGAUCUGCGCCGGAAACGGGUGGAGCGCCGGGGGAUUUGUUUCCAGAAGAACCAGAAAAGAAGCGCAACGGCGCGCCGGCUUUCUCUUCGACUGAAGACCAACCGGAGGAGGAGCGUGCUCCGGGUGUGGUCGAUAAAAGUGCCCCGACGAUUGGCGCCGCCAAGCCUGACGGGAGUUCAGUUGCUUUUUUUUGAGGCUACCUAGGCGCCGCCGUUCUUCCAUGCUGCAACCAGCCACUGCUCUGCUGUGGUUGUGCGGGCGGCACUCAGCGAGCUGAGUCCUCCCCCGAUUUCUGGGGACAUAGCGACUUCUGGAGCCGCUACUCCUUGAACUUGUGAGUCCGUUUUUACGUUUGAUCUUUUCAUCACAAAGAAAGUCGUUGCUGUCGUUGAGUGAUCCUCACUUCAACUUCAAAUUGACACUCUCUCCAACCCAACCCAACAGGAUGUUUUGGUCCAAGGAGGAGCGCUUACAGCGUGGAUGGCCUGCGGUCCCUUUGUUUUCCAAGUACGAAAGACUGGCACGGUUAGAAGUGACUAGGAGACACGGUGAAAUCGCGUUUGAAGAGACAAUAUGCGAGGACGGUCUCUGUGCCGAAGAGCGCCUGAGGCGUCGGGGCGAAGUUGAACUGGAGGAAGAAGAGGAUUUCACACAAUUCCUCUUUGAUCAGGAGGAAGUGAAAUUCUGAUGAAUUCUACUUCGUGUAAACUGCGAUUCUGAAGAUUCUACUGCAACAGCUUAGACAGUCAGUUAUAGUUCGAUUUUGGAGGAUUUUUAUAAUGCUAAAUCAUGUUUAAGUCUUCUAUUCUAUACUGGAACAGGAACUUCAUUCGGAACCGAUUUCGAUUUUAGUCGUGGCUCAUUUGUUGGAUUCAUUAGUCCUACUUUUAAUUUAAGUAUUAUGAUUCUGCGUUUUUCUGAUUUUGACGUUAUGAUUAUUCCUAUGUAUGCUUCAAGUUGCGGUGGGCCUCUAGUCCACGAAAGAAACGGUAAAUCUGCAGCCUUGAAGAAGCUUGAUAGGGCUCCUUCGGUUCGUUUCUAUCCUCAUCUCUAUCACUCCAACUACCUGGUGCCUACUCUCCACCUCCUCUCUUCUAAACCACCUUUCAACAGGUCUCACCCUUCCCAAACCCUCUUAUCCUGGAUGUCUGUCAAUCUUCAGCAAACAAGGAAAACAAAAAUUUGCAACCUGUCCUAAAUUCGAUUCAUUCACAAGAACAGUAUCGUAGAUUAAUGAUAAAGAAAAAGAAUUUCAUCUUCAGAAUCAAGGAUUCGUGACUCUCAGAGAUCCGCUUUCGACAGUAUUCAUUUUAGUACUCAUAUUCUUAGUCAAGAAGAGGACCAUACUAAGAUAACGAGAGAAGCGAGAAAAAAGUAUAAGAAAAUCUUUGUGACUGCGUGUACAAAUUGUGUGAUUCGCUGAACAACGAGGGAAGGUAGAUUAUUUAUGCGCAAGCUAUUCAUUUUGUCGAAGAU